AUGUCGAAAGCAAUCGUUCUCUACGAUGUCGCGGCAGAAGGGUCAAAGGCAGAGGAACGCGCAUGGAGUCCGAAUGCUUGGAGGAUACGAUAUGCGCUUGGGAUCAAGGGAUUGCCGUUCAAGACGGUAUGGGUCGAAUUCCCCGACAUCGCGGAUGCUGCCAAGAAGAUCGGCGCCGCUCCGACCGUGACGCUAAAUGGAGCCUCGUCAUACACUUUGCCUGUGAUCCACGACUUAUCCACGGGGAAGGUCGUCUCGGACUCGUGGGCCAUCGCGGAAUAUCUGGACGAGACCUACCCCGAUCGACCUACAGUUCUCCCCAAACCCACGCGCGGCUUGCAGUCAUAUUUUGUCGCCACCGCGAGGGACGCGAUCAUAGGUGACCUCGCGAACAUUGUCGUGUUCUCUACGUACAAGCACCUGCGCCCGCGCGGUCAAGACUACUUCCGCGCAACGCGGGAAAAGCUUUUUGGCCGUAAACUGGAGGACUUCCCUCAGGGUGAGCAGCUGCUCCCGCACUGGGCAAAGCUCGAAGCCGGGUUCGGGAAGUUCGCAGACGCCAUAAAGAAGAACGGCGAGGGCAGCCAAUUCAUCACGGGCGAUACCAUCAGUUUCGCGGAUCUUGUACUUGCUGGCUGGCUAAUAUGGCUUAGGCAAGUGCGGGGCGCUGAGGACUGGGAGAAAGUCCGGAGCUGGAACGGCGGAUUCUGGGGGAGAUAUCUGGACUUUAUCCAUAAGCACGCUGUUUUCGAUGAAGGCGAAGAAUACCAAGCAUGA